ACCAAUGAAUGCAAUUUCGUCCCUCGUUCUGACAAGAAUUUUUGGUGACUAACCGCACCUUAUCGUUUUCUCUACUAAACUAAAACCGAAAAAUAUCCGAAAGGCUAAUCACAGGAACUGAAGUCCAUGGCCACGGAGUUCCCACUUAGCUGACGCUCUCGCCAUAGCCAAUCUCAUCUUCUACAGAGCAAUACGCUCUCUCUUUCUGUCUCUCUCUCUCUCUCCGCACCUUUAAGCCAUACAGGUUAGUUCAUGCCCGUUUGUAUGUCUCUACGUUAUUUUGUUUUCUCACAAGCAAUUCAACAGUCACCAUACACGCAUAAACCAAUUCAUUUCUUGUUUCUGGGAUAGACUCGUUUUUGCUCAUUCCUUUUUUGGUAUAAUUCCAUCAUGGCUGUGUUAAUCCUCUGCUCUUCAAGUAUGUGCUGUAGUAAUAUCACUUAUGGUUCUGCUUUCACUGAUAGUAAGACAUAUGUUUCAAGCCACAAUGGGUUGCUAGGAGGAAGGAAGUGUAGGAAUUUGAAGGUUUUGCCUAGUGGGUCUAUGGUGAACUGGAAGAAACACAGGAGAAGAGUAGUGGGUUUUUGUGGGUUUGUAAUGAAAAGUCCAAAUGGGAAGCCCAAAAAUGCAGUGUCUUCGGAGGAAGUUAUUGGGGUUUUGAAGUCGAUUUCAGACCCAAGUUGUGCUUUUUCUCACUUUAACUCUGUUGCCCAGUUGCCCAGUGUUGUGCAUACCACUGAAACAUGUAAUUUCAUGCUUGAAGUCCUGAGGGUUCACGGGAGGGUGGGGGAUAUGGCUGUUGUGUUCGAUUUGAUGCAAAAACAAAUCAUUAACAGGAACUUGAAGACCUAUUUGACUAUUUUUAAAGGCCUUUACAUUAGAGGUGGGAUUCACCAAGCACCAAGUGCCCUCAAAAAGAUGCGAAAAGCUGGGUUUGUUCUCAAUGCAUAUUCGUAUAACGGGUUGAUCCAUUUGGUACUUCAGUCUGGCUUUUAUAAGGAGGCUUUGGAGGUUUAUAGAAGUAUGGUCUCAGAAGGGAAUAAGCCUAGCCUGAAGACUUACUCAGCGCUUAUGGUGGCAUUGGGGAAGAGAAGGGAUGUUGAAACGGUAAUGGAUUUGUUAAAAGAGAUGGAAAGUUUGGGGUUGAGGCCAAACGUAUACACAUUCACUAUAUGCAUUAGAGCACUUGGGAGGGCUGGGAAAAUUGAUGAAGCACAUUCGAUUCUGAAGAGAAUGGAUGAUGAGGGAUGUGGGCCUGAUGUCGUUACUUAUACUGUUAUUAUAGAUGCUCUUUGUAAUGCAGGGAAACUUGAUGAUGCCAAGGAAUUAUUUGCAAAGAUGAAAGCUACCAGUCAUAAACCUGAUCGAGUAACCUACAUUACUUUGCUGGACAAGUUUAGUGACUGCAGAGACUUGGAUACACUGAAAGAAAUUUGGCAUGAAAUGAAAAAGGAUGGCUAUGCUCCUGAUGUGGUUACUUUUACCAUCUUUGUUGGUGCCUUAUGCAAAGCUGGGAAUGUUGAUGAAGCAUUUGACAUGUUGGAUGUUAUGAAGAAGCAAGGGGUCUCACCGAAUCUUCAUACUUAUAAUGCAUUGAUUUGUGGACUUUUAAGCCUAAAUAGGUUGGACGAGGCAUUUAAACUUUUCAAUGAUAUGCAAUCUCUGGGAGUUGAACCUACUGCCUAUACAUACAUCCUUUUCAUUGACUAUUAUGGAAAGUCUGGUGAUCCUAGCAAAGCUAUUCAGACCUUUAAGCAAAUGAAAAUUAGAGGAAUUGUUCCUAAUAUUGUUGCUUGUAAUGCAUCUUUGUAUAGCCUUGCUGCAAUGGGUAGGCUUAAAGAAGCAAAAGAUAUGUUUAAUGGGAUUAAAAAUAGUGGGCUUGCUCCGGAUACGGUAACUUAUAACAUGAUGAUGAAGUGCUACAGUAAGUCGGGUCAAGUAGAUGAAGCCAUUAAAUUACUUUCUGAGAUGAUGGGAAAUGGAUGUGAACCUGAUGUUAUCAUAAUUAAUUCUUUGAUUGACACACUUUACAAGGCUAAACGAGUAGAUGAAGCAUGGAAAAUGUUUUGCAGAAUCAAGGACAUGAAACUUGCUCCUACAGUUGUGACUUACAACACACUACUAGCUGGACUAGGGAAGAACGGUCAAGUUCAAAAAGCAAUCGAGUUUUUCGAGAGCAUGACUGGGCUCGGGUGUCCUCCAAACACAGUAACUUUCAACACACUCCUGGAUUGUCUUAGCAAAAAUGAACAGGUUGACUUGGCCUUGAAAAUGCUUUUUAAAAUGACAACAAUGAACUGCCUUCCUGAUGUAUUGACUUACAACACUAUUAUUUAUGGCCUAAUUAAAGAAAAUAGAGUUAAUGAUGCGUUCUGGUUCUUCCAUCAGAUGAAGAAAUGGCUGUAUCCUGAUCAUGUAACUUUAUGCACCCUACUUCCUGGUGUUGUAAAGGACCGGUCGAUUGAGGAUGCUUUCAAGAUUACCAAGGAUUUUGUAUAUCAGGUUGGGGUUCAGACAGACGGGCCUUUUUGGGAAGAUUUAGUGGGAGGGAUAUUGACGGAAGCUGAAUUAGAUAAAGCCAUAUUAUUUGCUGAAAGACUGGUGUCCAAUGGGAUUUGCCACGAUGAGUCAGUAUUGAUUCCUUUCAUUGUAUUUUUGUGUAAGCAUAAGAAAGCUCUUGAUGCUGAAAUUUUGUUUGUGAAAUUUACCAAAACUCUGGGAAUUACCCCAACACUGGAAGUAUAUAAUUGUUUGAUUGAUGGGCUUCUUGAAAUCCGGAGUACUGAAAGAGCUUGGGAUCUUUUCACAGAGAUGAUGAACAGUGGUUGUGCCCCAGAUGUUUUCACAUACAACUUGUUGCUUGCUUCUCAUGGAAAAGCUGGGAAGAUAAAUGAACUUCUUGACCUGUAUAAAGAGAUGCAUUGUAGGGGAUGCAAGCCUAACACCAUAACUCAUAAUAUAUUGAUCUCUGGUCUUGUAAAAUCUAAUAGUUUAGAUAAGGCUAUAGGUCUUUACUAUGAUCUCAUAAGUGGUGAUUUUUCUCCCACACCUUGUACAUAUGGCCCUCUUCUAGAUGGACUUUUGAAGUCAGGAAGACUCGAGGAAGCAAUGCAGUUCUUUGAAGAGAUGCUGGACAGUAGAUGCAAGCCCAACUGUGCCAUUUACAAUAUUCUUAUAAAUGGAUUUGGGAAAGCUGGUGAUGUGGAAACUGCUUGCGAGUUUUUUAAAAGAAUGGUCAAAGAAGGAAUAAGACCUGAUUUGAAGUCUUACACCAUUCUUGUGGAUUGCCUGUGCAUGGCAGGGAGAGUUGAUGAUGCUUUGCAUUACUUUGAGGAACUAAAGGCGACUGGCAUCGAUCCCGACUUGGUCUCUUACAAUCUUAUAAUUAGUGGACUUGGAAGAUCACAGAGGAUAGAGGAAGCUCUUUCUCUUUUUCAUGAAAUGCAAAAUAAGGGCAUUACUCCUGAUCUUUACACUUACAAUUCAUUAAUCCUCAAUCUUGGGAUUGUUGGAAUGGUGGAGCAAGCUGGGAAGAUGUAUGAAGAACUGCAACUUUUAGGUCUUGAACCGGAUGUGUUCACCUACAAUGCUCUCAUUCGAGGAUAUGGUAUGUCAGGAAAUCCAGACCAUGCUUAUGCAGUCUACAAGAAGAUGAUGGUCGGUGGCUGCAUCCCCAACAUGGGAACUUUUGCACAGCUUCCUAAUCAGUCUUGACAUUAUUGAGCUCAUGGGGUCACUGGAUUGUACAUUCUUGCUGAUAGGUAUAUCAGCGAUGCUUCAGCCCAACUGCAGUAAAUGGGUUUGGUAAUUAUCAUGCACGUACAAAUUCAAUUUUGUGGGAAUAACUUUGUUCAUCCUGACACUAGAUGUAUUUGAAAGGUUGGUGGUAAGAAAUCUGUCCUGUUUAAGACACCCUUAUCCGUCCUGAAUUUGAAGUCUUCUGAAGUGUUGUUGUCAAGAACUGUGAAUAUUUUGCCUUUUUACCCUAUGUUUAUAAGGCUCUGUAAUGUAAUAAUUUGAUUUUUAAAGUGUAAAUGCUAUAUCUUGUACUAUCCAUGUCCUUGAUCAUUGUUGAAGCAAUUUUUUUCAGACUA